UUACCUCUGUUACUAUCGUCCAGUGACCUCUCAGCCCCAAGGAAGCAGCCCGGUGACUUCCCCUCAGCUCAUUCACAUACCCUUGGAAACUGGCCCCCUAAUUGAACCUCUCCUCACUCCGGAGUCUGAGGGAACUUGUUCCAUGAUUUCACCUCCUCUCACUCAUAGGCGCCUGGGAACUGGACUUUCAGUUUCACCUCCACUUGUUCAUCUGCCAAUGGGAACUAGACCUAUGGUUUCAACAACGCUUUCUCGUGGGGUUUUGGAAACUGGGACUGUGAUCUCCCCUCUGCUCUCUCACUGGUCCUCAGGGAGGAGUUAUAAUGACCCUCCCCUUCCUCCUCUUUCAGCAUCUUCCCAACCUACUGACAGCCUUUGCCAUGACAACCAUAAGCUUUCAGACUCUUGUGAACCCAAACCACAGCUUGAUGUGCCCCUUGGCAAAAAUUGUGGCUCCUCACUUCCUUCUCAGGUGGGCAUCUCUGGCUUUCCCAGCUCACCUCAGGAGGGUUCUUUUCACUACUCUCAUAGUUCCUCAGAGGCCCACAUAUCUGCCCCUGGGAACCCUUACUGUGCUAUCCGCCAACCCCCUGAUAAUACUGGUUCUUGCUCACCCCAGUUCCAGGCUCCCAAGAAUCCUUGCUUUGAGUCCCUUUCCUGGGGAACUGGUGGGGGCUCUUAUCUCCUCCUAACCCCUGGUACCAUGAUUUCUGGUCCCCCCUGUCCUCCAGAACUGCCUCUUUCCCACUGUCCUCAUUCUGACUUCUACUUCCCUUCACCCCUGGGCAACCAGUUUAUAGCUCCACCACAGACAGUCCCCCGCAGAAGCUAUAAUGAACCUCCUCUCCCUACUCCAGUUUCCCCCUACACAAAGUCCCCUAAAUCCUCAGAGUUAAGACAGCCAUGUACACCCCACAAAUGUCGCUCCCUAAUUAAUGCUACCCAACACACUCCUGACCAACCCAAGACCUCUCAGGCCAGCACCUCUCCUCUGCCUCCACCCCAACCCCAACCCCCUGGCCUCUCUGGCCCUUCUCGUAUGGAGCCAUCCAUCACAACUCCUUCAAAUUGCUGCACCAAAGAGCUGCCUGCAGAGACUCCCUUACCCACUGUGGUCCCUGGAAUCAUCAAAACGGUUUUCCCUACUUAUCUUCCUCUCUGCGUUCCUUGUGAUCCUAUCUUACCCAAUAGUUAUGCUAAGAUCAGUCCCCAUGGAGCCUCCAUGGUAUCCCCCUGCAAUACCCAUGUGUGUUCCAUGGUUCCCCACACCUCUAAUCCCUCUGUACUCUCUAGUUCCCUCAUUCACCCUACAAGGCCCCCUCAGGGUCAUAACCAGCCUGUGAUGCCUCCUUGUGGUUCCUAUGGUGCUCCCAGGGACCCGCCCCUACGCCCUUCCAAACCUGUGAUGCCUCCUUGUUCUACCCACAUCUAUUCUUUUAUUCCUCUGAGAACACCCUUUGACCCCCAGUGCUUACCUAUUGUCCCCCGACCUCUGCCUUCCCCUGAUAAUGUCCCCUGUGGCCUUCAUACCUAUACUGUGGCCUCUCAAGGCCCUGGCAAAGAGUGCCCCCAGGUUCCCUAUAGCUGCCCUUUGCCUUCUCCCAAAAGUUCCACUUGUAGCACUGAUCCAAGCUGUAGUUCGACCAUUGUGAGUGAAUGUCAGAGUAGUGACAGCCAGAGCAAGAGCAGCCACCAAAGCAAAAGUUGGAGCCAAAGCAGAAGUCAGAGCCGAAGCAAGAGUCCUCAUGAUAGCCAAAAUAGGAGCCGGAGCAGUAGUCUUCACCAGAUCACAAUUCAGGACCUGAGUAAGAGUACUUGUCAUGGCAGAAGUCGGAAGCGGAACAAGAGUCCCCAUGGUGGUAAAAGCAAGGGCAAGAGCAAGAGCAGGAGCAGGAGCAAGAGUCCCCACACUGGCAAAAGUCAUGGUCGGAGCAAGAGUCCCCAAAAUAAGAAAUGAGAGCAGAAGUUGUGACCAGAUCAAAAAUCGAGGCUGAAGCAAAAGUACAGACAGUAACAAGACUGCCAGUAGUAGUGUCCAUUCCAGCUGUGGCAACCAAGACCAAAUUGUGGACUGUGGUACUCAUUUGAAGUUUUCAUUUUCUUUUUAAUCUACUUUUGUGCUCUUGAGGCCUGCCUCAUGUGCCUCACUGGUAUCCCCAUAGCAGUCAUUCUAGAAGUUUUUGUUUUGGUUCACACCUCAACUGUGAGCCCUCCUUACACCUUAUCAUAUUCCUGGGGUCUGGGAACUCUCCCAAAACAACCUUCAACUCUGUGAUUUUGAGCAUCAUUAUGUUGCUGCUAUUCAUUGUGUGGUCUUAGGCUGCCACCGAACCCAAAUUCCCUGCCAGUCGACUGGCUCUGCAGAAUUUUGACAUGACCUACAGUGUGCAGUUUGGGGACCUUUGGCCAUCUAUCCGAGUCAGUCUCCUCUCAGAGCAGAAGUAUGGUGCCCUGGUCAAUAAUUUUACUGCUUGGGAUCAUGUGAGUGCUAAGCUGGAGCAGCUGAGUGCCAAGGACUUUGUGAGUGAAGCCAUCUCCCGCUGGGAACUGGAAGCUGAGAGUGGCCAUUCUGUAGCUCCAUCCCCAUCCUAUAGUCCAAACCUUCGGUGCUUCACUUUUGCCAGAGGGGAUGUCAGCCACUUUCCUCCUGCCAGACUUGGCCACCUGGGUGUCCUGGACUACUACCUGAUGGAUGCUGCCUCCUUGCUACCUGUCUUGGCUCUUGGCCUUCACCCCGGAGACACUGUGCUUGACCUGUGUGCAGCCCCUGGGGGAAAGACACUAGCAUUGCUUCAGACUCUCUGUUGCCGCAACCUUGCUGCCAACGAUCUGUCCACUUCUCGGACAGGUAGACUACAGAGGGUCCUUCAAAGCUAUGUGCCUCAAGAUAUCAGGGAAAGGAAUCAAGUUCGAGUCACUUCCUGGGACGGAAGGAAGUGGGGAGAACUGGAAGGGGACACUUAUGACCGAGUACUGGUAGAUGUGCCGUGUACCACAGACCGCCACUCGCUUCAUGAGGAAGAGAAUAACAUUUUUCAACGGUCAAGGAAGAAGGAGCGACAAAUGUUGCCUAUGCUGCAGGUGCAGCUACUGGCGGCUGGACUUCUCGCCACCAAACCAGGAGGCCAUGUUGUCUAUUCCACCUGCUCACUCUCACAUUUACAGAACGAGUAUGUGGUCCAAGGCACCAUCGAGCUUCUAGCCAACCAGUACAGCAUCGAGGUUCAGGUGGAAGACCUGUCCUACUUCCGGAAACUUUUCAUGGACACAUUCUGUUUCUUUCAAUCCUGCCAGGUUGGCGAGCUGGUAUUGCCAAACCUGAUAGCCAAUUUUGGACCUGUGUACUUCUGCAAAAUGUGUAGGCUGACAUAGCAUCACCCUGUUCCUGAAGGAGGAAGACAAAGGGUGUAUUCUGUUGGAGGUACCAGAAACCAAGACCAUUGGCAGAUACACAUCUGGGUCCUGCCUCCAUCUUCUUCCAGUUUUUAUGAGGACAGUUUUAAGCAGUAGGAAUUAGGAGUUUGACCUCGUGUCCAAUUGUGGAGCAUCAGCAGGUUUCUAGCUCACUUAUACCUCUGCCCCUGUCUCCACAUCUUUGCUAAGGGUUGCUACCUCAUGUGAGGGUUAGCAGGAGGAAUGAGUGAGCAGGCCUUCACUGUAAGCUGUAAACUUGGGAAAAAGCAGUCAAUAAAAUUGUUGAUGCUUCAUAGAUCUGGGGCUAUUGUUGGGGGCUUCGUGUCAGUCCAGGUGCUGUUAUAGUUCCGUUUGUUCCCAGCUGCAGCUGCUGACUACUAGAUCCAAAGCGCCUGGUUACAGGCCUCUGGUUGUAGCUCUCCUCUCACACUUGAGGUAAGUUCCACUUGAUUAGCUGACAGGUCCAGCAAGCCUCCCUACUUUCCCCAUGAUCUGAUUUGAGGAGCAACCAACUAAAUAUGUUAAGCUUGUGCGUGAUAAUCUUACUCAUAUUGAGAAAGCUCUCCUGAGCUGAAAAAUUCUGACCCUUCCUUCUGCUAUUAGUGACACUACUGUGUGGCUGGAGCAACUGCUUCUGCCAUAGUAGUAUCAUACUCUUUUGUGCAUUUCUUCCUUUGUUCCUUCUUCUAGCA